AUCUUUAUGCAUGCAAUAAUCUUGCCACAGUUUCCAUAUACAAUAUUAGUUUCCCAUAUUUAUUUUCUAGUUUAUUGGCCAUAAAAUCCAAUAAAAAUCCAUAUUUUUUUGUAUUGUUGCAUGAAUUUGCACCCAAAUUCUCUUUGCUUUUUCACAAGUUCACUAUGCAUGAUAAAAGUUCCCUCUUCCUUUUCACUCUUCCAAUGCUGGUGUAAUAUUCCUUUAUACAUGUUUGACAGUUUAACCACUAUCAUAUAUCAACAGUAUAUCGUUUAGAAAAGUUUUCUUUUAAAGCUAUUUAAUUUUUAUCCUGCCUUUAUUAUUUUUAUAAAUGAUUUAAGGCAGCAAAAAUACCUAAUAUUUCUUUCUUCUAUUUUCUCCAUAACCAUAACCCUGUGGAAUGAGUUGGAUUGUUGUUUAGCAUUUUAUCUUACCUUCCUUCUAGGUCAGAUGUGUGGUUAAGAAAACUACUGCUUUGAUUUAUAAAACUGUGGAAGUACUCUUCCUCUCUCCUCUCCUCUCCUCUGAUAGAUGUAUGGAAUUUGUUUGUCCAUUGCCAGAUGUGUGAUGUAGAGUAGGUUUUGUUAUCAUAUUCUUACUAGUACUCUAUAAGAAAGUAUGUUACAUUGGCAGUGUCAUGUACUCUUUAUUUAAAAGGAUAAUUCAUAUGGUUUAUCAAAAGAAAAUCAACCUGACUUGACAUUAGUUUAUUUAAAAAAAUUAUAUUAUAAAAUAAAUUGAUACAGAAUUGUUAAUAAUGAACCUUUUUAAACGGGGGAGAUUAUUGGGGGAUUUCCAUAUAUUAUGAAUCCUGGAUUUCUUUACACUCUGAUAAAGUUUUCAGUAAAGUGCUAAUAUUCCUAUAAAUGUUCAAUUUUUGAAACACAGUUGAGAUUUUUAACAGAAUAUGUAGAUCAGUUGUAGCAAACUUGCCUCCUUUGGAUUUGGGGUCAGUUUUUUUUUCUUAAUUCCAUAUUUGAAAAAAAUGCUUGUGCCUUUUAUCCAAAUUUACCUAGAGUUAUCUAUCUCAGUUAUAAAUGUAAGGGGCAUUACAUUAAGCCGUAUUGUGGCUUAUUUUAUCUGGUGAAUAGUUCCUUCCUGUUGCCAGCAGUGGAGAUUCACUGGAGUGAAAGGGGAGAAGAUACAGCACAAUCUGACAUGGUUAUUGUAGCCAGUCUUAAUAAAAGUAAUCUUAGCUUUCAUGCAGGGUAGAUUUUGUGGUCUGGUCUAGCUAGUUGGACUGCCAUUCCUUUUCUAGAAUUGAAGCCUCCCUCUAUCUUUGGAGGGAGAGACUUAAAAUAUCCUAGACUCACUGAAAUGCCCUUCAUAAAUUAUAGGACUGACAUUUUAAUAUUUUUACGGCUAGAUUCAGUUGUGAUGGGUGUGGUGGCCUAGUAGUGACACUCGCUUCCCAUUUGGAAGGUUGAGAGUUCAAUCCUAGGUAGCAGCUCAUGUUUCUCUCUCAGGGCACAAAGAGAAAAUAUCUGUUGCGAACUCCACAUAGGCAUCAGGAAGGGCAUCUUGCCAGUAAAGGUUCAGUUGCAUUCAGUCACCCCAAAUCUACACCAAAUUAACAGAUGUCAGGGUCGUAAAAAGAAAAAAAAAUGUUGGAUUCAGUUAAAAUACAGUAUUUUUUCCUCUUUUUAUUUAGUUGUAUCUAUUUUACAGUUUCAAUGUCUUUUUGUUUGUUUUCGGUUUCAUUUCAUACAUUUUUGCAAGAUAGUUGAAAGGACGAAUAAAUAAAUAAAUGGAAAAGAAAUGUAUGAAGCACCAUCUCAGAAGAGAUAUCUUCUCUCUUUUCUAAUCAACAGGAGAGGCUACUUCUUUAAAGAUGAGUUUCACCUCCAGUUCUGGCGUCUUUUGGUAAGCACCCACAGAAAAUGUCGCCUGGGCUUACUGAAGAGCAGAACAGGAAGAUUGAGGAGAACAGGCAAAAGGCUUUGGCAAGGAGAGCAGAGCGACUGGCAGCUCAGCAGGGCGGUGUUGCUAUGAAGCACUCUGACAUGCAGAAUCCUGAUAGCUGUCAAGGAAACCUGCAGCAGCCUUUGAAGAAGCAAAGCUAUCACCCCAUCCUUGGUAACCAUCCCCUCCAGGGCCCUGGCACCUAUUUGGUGCAGAAAAGUCCUCAGAUCCGUUCUGAUCACUGUAGUUCAAAUCAACAGGCAACUAUUUUGUAUGGAGUCCAACAAAAAGAUGAAUCAGUGGACUCUAGCCCAAAUUUAUACAGACAGUUGGCUAGCACUAAGAAGCCCUCAUCAGCAGUGCAAGGCUCUUUGAGUAAUUCUCAUUGCUAUUCUCCUGAGAGUUCCUGCAGACAAGGUCAGCUAAUCCAAUGGAAUUCUGAUACAUUGCAGCCACCUAUAUACGGUGCAGCGGGCCAGAAUAUUGGAGGACAGUAUCAGACUAUCUUGGAUGCUAAUAUGAACUCAGACACUGUUAAGAAUGUACAGAUGCAGAGCAAAUCUGUCGGCAAGCGGGGUCUCCUUAGACAGGCAACGUUGCUGGAUGCAGUUGGAACUGCUGCAAAGGAUUGUCAAAUGCAGGCAGGUACCAGAAAUCUAGACUCCACCAAGAAGGAAGGGAGUAGUGCAUUGCAGUUUUAUGGUACAAACCCCCUUUUGGCUCCUGUAAAGGGGGGAAGAGAACAAAAUUCAACUAUUUCUAGGGUUUCAGGCAAUGUUCCUGAGACGUCUGUACCGAAAAAUCACAAAAUUCUCAAAGGAAAAUGUGUAAAACAUUCUGAAGGCAGAUUCAGAGUUGAGAUUGGAUACAACACGGAGCUCAUUGAGAUAUUUAGAAGCUUACCAAGCAAAAAAUAUGAUCCAGAAACAAGGAUAUGGAAUUUCAGUCUUGAAGACUAUGGCCAUCUCAUGGAAAGAGUAGAGCAAUUUCCCUCCAUCUCUUUGACAUCCCUGGAAGGAAUGGAGAAAAUGACUGGGGGUGGAGAGUCAUCUUCUGCUGGUCAAAGUUCUCAGCUGAGAUCCCUCUUGCAGACAUGUACCAGCUGGCAGAAACCAUCAGCAACCGUCACAGGAAGCUGCGUUCUGAUUUCCUAUUCUCGGUUUGAAGUAGAUAUUGGCUAUGCUGCCAGCAUCGUAGGAGUGUUCAAGCAAGUGAAUUCCAGGAUUUAUGAUAUGAAGGCCAGAAAAUGGAAUUUCUUACUGGAGGAUUACCUAAGACUAAUGGAACUAGUAAAGAGCCUUCCGGAGCUUCAGCUGAAACCACUACCCAAGCCAGUAAUAAUGGCCUUUGUGACACAGUUUGAGAAAUCUCUCUUAAAAUCAGUAGAUGCCCCGGAAGCAGACCUUGUAGGAGUGGAUCCUAAACUUGUGACAAGCCUCCUGCCAUUCCAGAGAGAAGGUGUAAAUUUUGCUAUCUCCAGGGGAGGUCGUUUGCUCCUUGCAGAUGACAUGGGCUUAGGGAAAACCAUCCAGGCAAUCUGCAUUGCUGCCUAUUACCGAAAAGAGUGGCCCUUGCUGGUGGUGGCUCCUUCUUCAGUGAGAUAUACGUGGGCUGAGGCUUUCCAUAGAUGGCUUCCUUCCCUCGGCCCAGACACCAUCACAGUCAUAGCAACAGGCAAAGACCAAGUCUCGGCAAAACCGAUUAACAUUGUCAGUUUUGACCUUCUCAGCAAGACUGAGAAGCAGCUCAAAACCACCUUCCAAGUUGUGAUUGUUGAUGAAUCCCAUUUUCUUAAGAACGGUAAAACGGCUCGAUGUCGGGCUGCAAUGCCUCUCUUGAAGGCUGCCAAAAGAGUAAUCUUAUUAUCAGGAACCCCUGCCAUGUCACGUCCCGCAGAGCUAUACACACAGAUUGCAGUGGUCCGACCAACCUUCGUCCCUCAGUUCCAUGCCUUUGGGGUCCGCUACUGUGAUGCUAAACAGCGGCCUUGGGGAUGGGAUUAUUCUGGAUCUUCCAACCUUAAGGAACUGAAACUCCUAUUAGAAGAAACUAUCAUGAUCCGUCGCCUGAAAUCUGAUGUGCUUUCUCAGCUUCCUGCAAAGCAACGCAAAAUGGUAGUGGUAACUCCUGAAAGGAUUAAUACAAGAACCAAGGCUGAGUUGGCAGCGGCUGCAAAGGAAAUGGCAAGGGUUUUUAAAAGUAAGCAAGAACAGAAGGACGCACUCAUUAUCUUCUACAACAAGACUGCAGAAGCCAAAAUUCACUGUAUCCUAGAAUAUAUCCUAGAUUUAUUGGAAAGUGGAAGACAGAAAUUUCUGGUAUUUGCUCAUCACAAACUAAUUUUGGAUGCAAUCAGUGAGGAACUGGAAAAAAAGAAUGUAGGCUUCAUCCGUAUUGAUGGUUCCACUCCCUCAGCUGAACGUCAGUCCUUCAGUCAAGAAUUCCAGUUGUCUGAGAAGCUGUCUGUGGCUGUCCUCUCCUUGACUGCAGCUAAUAUGGGGCUUACCCUCUCCUCUGCUGACUUAGUUGUAUUUACUGAAUUGUUCUGGAAUCCUGGGGUUUUGAUGCAAGCAGAAGAUCGGGCACAUCGAAUUGGACAAACUAAUUCUGUGGAUAUCCAUUAUUUGGUAGCAAAGGGCACAGCAGAUGAUUACUUAUGGCCACUGAUUGAAAAGAAGAUCAGGGUGUUAGGUGAAGCUGGUUUAUCAGAAGCCAAAUUCUCUGAGACAGCAGAAACCACAGAUUACUAUACCUGCAAGGUGGACCCCAAACAGCAGACCAUGUUGGAACUUUUCCAGAGGACUUUCUCAGAGGAUAUAGAGGACAUGGAUGAAGCCUUCCUUGGGGAGAUAGUGGAGACAUGUGAAGAUUCUGGGCAGGAAAACCCAUUGAACAAUAGAGCAGGACAUUUUUUCUCAGCAAGCCCAUGCAAAAAAAAGCGUACUCAAUAAUUUCCAUGGACGUAUGAAUAUUAUAGAAUUACGGCUGUUUUUGUUAGUUAAAAAGUGUUAUUUAAAGAGAAAAAAAAUCAGUGCCAUCAGUGAAUUAUUUGGUUGUUCAAAUAAACUAUAUUUAAAUAUGUUCUUGAAUUUUGUAUUAAGGAUAAUGAUAUAUUGUUAUUUUUAUAUAAUAAAACAAAUCUUUAUUUUA